AUGGGGGGUGCUCCCGGGUUACAAAGUAGCCAGCAAAGGACUGUGAAUACCAUGAACAGCUUUGCACAAGGCAUAAGUGGAUCUCAACCAGCAACACCAUUAGACCUCUCCGAAUUCCCCUCCCUCUCCAGUGUCCCGCAACAAUCUCAAUCUUCAGCUUCUGGGCAAGCUACUUGGGCCAACGCUAGCCAGCGAGUAAAUCAACAAAGUGCCAUCCAAAGACAGUCGCAAACACCUACAACCCAGCCGCCAUCUCGAGUUUCGCAAACCCAACCGCAGUCACAAUCACAUGCUUCUCACGAAGACCUUUUUCCCUCCGCAGCACAAUUCGCAGCACAGCUAGAUGACUUCAGGAAUGGAGGCCAAGGCAUAAGUGGUCAGCUUUCAAGCACUCAACCUCAAACAGGAAAUAUUGACGAGUUCCCACCAUUAGGGAGAAAUGCGCCAGCGGACAUUGGCCAGGAAAGACGAGCAAGCCUUCUUCAGUCCGGAGCCUUUGGUAACUACGGAGGCGGGAUGGCCUUUCCUAACCUCAACCAGAGCCAUUCUGGCCAGGCUCGUACCUUACCCGGAAAUAUGGUUAAUGGACAGCAAGAUAGCAGGAUCAUAUCUCCAGGCGCAGGCGGGUCAGAUGAUCUCCUAUGGGUCAAGUACAGAAUGGCAGACUUUCCCAGGAGAAAGAGCGAUCUAUUCGGCCAGAGGCAUACUCAGACCAACAAAGCCAGUCGGUCAUACAACCGCCACCCCAAAGUCAUCAACCAAAAUCCAGUAGCUUUGGGGCCGACGGUCAAGAACAAUCACUACAAGGACAAUCCUCUGAGCAAAGCCCACUCAGCCAGAUGCCCGAUCGCGAUAGCUGUCGGACAAGAUUUGAUGACUCUUGGCCUGGAUCUAAAUCAUCCAGAACCGCUUCAUCCAUCUUUUGCUUCUCCGUUUAUUUCGUCAAAUUCGGCUGUACCACUCCAAGUGGAUUACACCUUACCAGGCUGCUAUAAUGUUGCCAAUGUCCAACCGCUGCAAACCCGUAUCCCUAGCUUUAGCGACGAAACGCUUUUCUAUAUAUUCUAUAGCAUGCCCAGGGAUAUCAUGCAGGAGCUUGUUGCAGAAGAACUCAUGGGCCGGAAAUGGAGAUACCACAAAGUGGAGCGCGCAUGGUUGACUAGAGAUGACGCAUACCCAAGUCCUGUUGAGGUUGAGCGAGGGCUCAGUGAGCGUGGCUUCUAUCUCUGGUGGGAUCCUUCGUCCUGGAAGAAAGUCAGGCGUGAAUUCAUUCUCCGAUACGCAGAUUUGGACAACCACCUCGAAAGAAGAGGUUUCGUUCAAGGGGUUACUUUCCCUCAAAAUGUUUGA